UGCCAUGCGCAAGCAGCAGUGAUCAACGCUACUCAAGCGACGUUUCUCGAGGACUGCCAGAAGGCAUGGGGAAAGACGCUCCCAGGCUGGGCCAGGGGUGCUUAUUGUGACGAGAUUAUCGGAGUCAGCUGCGAUGGUGCAGGCAUGAUUACACAGAUAUCCUUGACUGCGAAUCUCAAUGGAUCGAUUCUGGACAGCAUCUCCUAUCUCACUUCACUCUCCGAUCUAACUCUUACAAACAACAAUUUGAAUGGCUCCAUUCCCAACAGCAUCUCCAAGCUUUCUCAGCUCACCUUUCU